UUUAUGACCUGUAGAAAAAAGGUCAAAUUUAACACCUUUAGCUCUCUCAUCCUACUCAGCCUCAAAAUUAAUAUAACACACCUGCAAAUUGCAGACAUUUCAUUCAGGACUAUGGAAAUAAAUGUUUUCUCUGCUUUCUUCUUCCCCUCCCACUACUGCUUCAGUGUGAAAACUGAAGAUGAUCAGACAGUUUGUUUUGCCUAUCCCUUUCUCACAACCAGGGACAGCUGGAUUAUGUGUUACCUUGCUUGAAAAUUUUCUUCAAAAGCCUCAGAGUUUUAGGCCAGUAAUUCUUGAAACCUCUGCGAUACAAUUAACAUCCCCUUGUGUGUAAUCUUAAGAACUUAUCUGGCUUCUUCUGUUGGCUGGAAGACGGGGAAACACUCUGAAAGUCAGAGAGUUUCCAAGAAACCUUCCCGUUACUCAUGUGGGAGCCAUAGCCAUUACAAGAAAUUAAGGAGUGGAAGGUUUUAACAAGGCAAGCAAGAUUUGUUUGCCACUUUGGAAAGAACUUGGAACUAUGUGACCUCAGGGAAUGUAGCUGAUGUUAUCAUAAGCAGAAGUAUAUAAUUACAGUUCUCUGGUAUUACAGGUUUCUGGAUUCCAAAAUCCCUGAGUGAAUAAAUUGGAAAGCGUGGCUUUUAGUGAGCAUGGGCAUCAAUUAAAACUUGUGCUUUGGAACCAGAAGCCCACAUACUAUUAUCUUUUCUUUUUCCAUAUGUGCCAAAUAAUUGAUUAAACUGCUAAACAUGCAAUAAAUUAUUAGAGCUAAUUUCUCUGAUUCCACAAGAGAGAAUGAGUUUCUCAAGUGUUAUUAGAAUAUUUCAAACAAUUAUCUCGGUCUCUGUCAUACUCUCAACCCUUUCUAUAAAACCAGCUUUAAACCAUGAAGAAAUUUUUCCGUGUUCAUGGGGCCAUGUGUAGUCUCACAAUGCAUGAGCCAGUUUAUCUGCACAGUUUGGAAAGGGACUAACCUUUUCUGUGCAGCCUGGUGAUGUGUGCCUGCAUUUGGUGCUGCACUGACUGCUGCUGCACUCUAGUUAUCAGGAAAAGGGAGUGUGUAAAUGUGUUCUGAUAUCAGAUACUGUAUCAGAGCAGAUUCCUGGCAUUUGAUUAGUCAUCUUGGUGACUAGCAGGAAUGCUAUUUUUACAUAGAUAAAAAUGUCAACAUACAAAACUGAUAACAUAGGAGUUAAACACCCUCCAAAACAUAAAAAAUGUGCAAAAUUAAAUUCAAGUGUAAAAGUGGAAAUGUUUUUAUGUGUAUUUAAGUAGCGUAGAGUAUAAAGGAAACUGGCAGACAGGCAGACUUGACACAAUGUGGGUUGCCUGCUGAGAGCUCAGCUCUUCUUUAGCUUUAGGAAUGUUACAAAACACCUUCACUGGAAUUUAGCUGCAAAGAGUUAGAGGAAGGAAAGGCACUCAAGGAAAAAUAAUGGGACUCUGGGAGAUUCUGCUGAGAGGAGGGUUCAAAACCUCUGUGAAACCCAUGUUUUUACUCAUGGCUUUGGUUGGUCUGUUUUUUCUUUUGGAAAUAUUUGCUGAGAUUAACUGUAAUGCUCAUUUGUAGUCACUGUUUUGUCAAGGAAAACAAUAUUUAUAAUCAAUAAGUGAGAAAAUGGUGUGUUCUGCAAGGUGGCUCUGGGUUACCAGUUUGAUUUCCACAGCUUUGGUCCUUGUGUCUGUUUAUACCAAAGCAAUAUUGGCUUGAGCAUGAAUGUGAUAGUGUCUGCUCACUUUGACUUGUGGUGGCAUUUAGCCAUUUUUCACCUACUUGACAUACAGGUGACAAUUACAGUUAAAGUCCUUGAUGUGACCCAACACCAAUGUUGCAAACCUUUAAUUAUUGUAUUAACUUCUUUAACCCCAUGUCUUGCACAUGUUAAGUUCCCUUCUGCAGUUCUUGUCAGAGAGAUUCUUCACACUUUUGGCAUGGUGCUGGUCCUGAAUAGCUUUUCAUACCUGGCCAGGGGUAGUUGUGGUUCCUCUCUGGGUAAAUAAUGAUGACAUACAGGCAGAAGUGUGAAAUGUCUUUUUGUGAACUCAGAUAGAACAAACUGCAAAAAACCCCACCAAUGUAAAAUUCAGAAAUGGAACAAGGUAUCUGCAUGAAUAUGUGUGAGAUGACUAUGGAAAAGAUGGUAUGUAGCUGGUACAUUUUGAGAUACAGGAACAGAAAUACAUUGCUUUUAGUUUUUGCCUGUCGUGAAAAAUGACUGAAUUAGUGAACUGAAACCAGCCCCAAAUAUAACAUCACUGAAGUGGUUAGUAAAAAUAAAUAAUGCAAGGUUCCUAAUGGUUUAACAGAGGUAUUCAGGAGUAUCAGUUUUAUUUUAACUAUCCACAAAUUUUUCUUUAGGGCAAACUGUUUAUUUGAAUGUAUUUUAAAGCUUCAUAAAGAAAGGUGGUAAAAAAAUUAAACGUACUACAACUAAAAGGUGGUUUUAAUAGUUGUGUGUGCACUACAGUCAGUUCUGAUGAAAGCUGAUGGUGUAUUUGAUUUCAACCAUGCAGCAAAUUUUUUUCUAGGAAUCAUAUUCAAAGUAAAGCUGCCACUGUUUUGGCUAAUUGUGAGAUCAUUAUUCAGUCAACAAGUGCCUUACUCUAUUCAGUGUCAUGGAUUAAUGCCUACCAAUAGGAGCAUCUCUUUUAACUUGGAGUCUAGAUGGUAUCAGCUGGCAAACACUCUUGCUGCUUUAUUGAGAAACAUUCAUGAUCCCUGGUCUGAUCUUGGGUCACAGAUGUUGAUUGUCUCCCAGGCUCUUGUCCCUGUUCACAAUAUUAACUGAAUGGCUGCUUUCUUGGAUUCCUUCUGUGGAUGCAACAGCCUGGUCAGAGAGUGAGAAAACCGGUUUCAUUUUCUCACAGUGGACUUGUGAGACUUUUUAGGGAGUCAUAGAAACGAUGAUAACUUGUUAGUAUAAACAACCUGCAGGUGGUGUUUUUCUACUCUCAAGGACUGUUUGUGAGAAACAUGUUUUUGUUAGCUAGCCAAUCAAGUAGAAUGUGUCAAAUCUGUCUAUAAAAGAGAGGAUUUUUCAUAUUAAAUGCGCCCCUCCUGCAAACCAGCCUUAGAGUGAAUUUGUGUCAUUUCUGACUCAAUGGUGACAUCCUUCAGCCCCAGAUUGCCCUAGAUUGUGCCAUAUUCUUUGUGGCUUCAUUACUGCUGUCUUGUCAUAGGGAAUAUUCUCUGUCAAUUUUUAUAAAUUGUUGGAGGAAGCCACAAUGUGAGGUGUCCUUGAUAACCAUUCUAGUGUAAAGAUGAUUGGCCUGGUUUUUAACUUUGCCAGUUUGCCGCUGUUACUAACUUUUGAGAUAUAAACUUCUGUCAUCCAUCAGUGGACUACAUUAAUUACUCUCCUUGAUGAGAAAAAAUUUUGUAAGAGUAGAGCUCUGCAAGAGAUCUUGAUGUGAACAAAAGUUGGCAAUGAGGGUUCUGCUUCCUCUUUUCUGUGUGUGCAAAGAGGAGAUGCAGUUGACGGAUUUCUAGAACAUCUGUGUAACACCAGAAGCAGACUUGAACUUGAGCAGUCUUGCCAUGGGAAAUAUUCUAUACUACAGAUAGGUUUAUUUCCUCUUAAACCAACUAGUUAUGUAAAUAUUAGAGGAGUAAAUGUAUUUUUAGUCUGAACUGUUAAAAGUUUCCUUUCAUUGUGCUCUUAAUACCCGCAUUGUAAGGAGGUAUCAUUGAUUAUUAGAAUUGUAUAUCUUGUUUAAAAAAUACCUGGUUUUUUCGCUUCCCAAGGUAGGUAAUUAUUGAGGAAUUAGCAUCUCAUGUGUGAUUCCCCACCCUGAAGAUUCUAUAUGUUUGAAAUUCUAUUUUGAGGAUGCUAACCAGGUAUGCAGAGGACUUUUGCUGGCUCUUCAGCUUAGAGAUGGAUUCCAUGCACAAAAGAGCUGGACUCAUCAGUGGGACAUAUUGAACAGAAAACAAAGACAUGCUUCUGUGUUUCUGUAAAAAACCUAGAUAAAGCUGGAUAGCAUAAUGAGAUUCCUCACAAAUAUCUAUGUCUUUACUUGUGCCUUUACAUUGACACUAUGGAAUAAUAUUCAGCCAACUGUAGAAGAUGAAUUUAUUGCAAAUUAUUCAAGCAGUUUGCUAACUAAUAUUCCAAAAAACAUUCCAGUCUGUACUCAAGUAUUAGAUUUAUCACAUAAUAGGAUCUCUGGACUUAGUACCUCAGAAUUUAUUAAUCUUUCUGACCUUCAAGUAUUAAAUCUUUCUUAUAAUCUAAUUAUGGUGCUUGACUUUAGUGUCUUCAUUUUUAAUGAAAAUUUAGAAUAUUUAGAUUUAUCUCAUAAUAACAUUUCAAAAGUUUCCUGUCUGACGCUUGCAUAUCUUAGACAUUUAGAUCUUUCUUUCAAUAAGUUUACUGCCCUGCCCAUCUGUCAGGAAUUUGGGAACAUGUUUCAUUUGGAGUACCUUGGAUUAAGUGCUACGAUGAUAAGAAUGUCAGACUUCAGGUAUAUCAAACAUUUGCAACUGCACACUGUCUUCCUGAACUUGGGGAAUUUUUCACUGUAUGAGCCUCAGAGUCUGACAGCCUUGACUACAAGGAACCUCCACAUUGCUUUUGCAGCAAACCAAAACUUCAUUUUUUCCCUCCUGUAUGAUGGAAUGAGAACUUCAGAAAACUUAGAAAUAGUUAACUUAAGAUAUACCUUGAGUUACAAAGAUUUCCCCUCUCCACCUUUAAUGCUUCUGAAGAAAAUCAAGACAACAACUCUCACACUUGAUGCUGUGGACUUACAAUGGGCUAUCAUCCUGCAAAUUUUUGUGCUUAUUUGGUAUUCACCCGUGGAACAUUUGACUGUGAGAAAUUUGACUUUUAGUGGACCCCUGGAGGAGCCGACUGACUAUGCAUUUCCAUCCUUAUUAAGCUCUGUGGAACAAUUAAUCUCUUUGGAUGGCUCCAUGAAGGCAUUAACUUUGGAGCAUGUUCGUAAUAAGGUUUAUUAUUUUAACCAGGAGAUUCUAUACAGACAGUUUUCAGAGAUGAACAUUGCCAAUUUGACAAUAGCUGAUGCAUAUAUGCCACACAUGCUGUGUCCCAAUAGAACAAGCUCAUUUCAGUAUUUAAAUUUUUCACACAAUGCCCUGACAGAUGAGUUGUUCCAGAAUUGUGGCACUCUCAUGGAUCUGAAAAUACUUAUUUUGCAGAAGAAUAAAUUUGAGAGCCUUCUCAAAGUAAGCUUCAUGACGAGCCGCAUGAAAUCACUGAAAUACCUGGACAUGAGCAACAACCUGCUGCGCCACGAUGGAGCUGGUGUGCAAUGCCAGUGGGCUGAGUCGCUGACAGAGCUGGACCUGUCCUCCAACCAGCUGGUGGAUGCUGUGUUUGAGUGCUUGCCAGUCAACAUCAGAAAACUCAGCCUAGAAAACAACCAGAUCAGCAAUGUCCCCAGGGGGGUGGCAGAGCUGAAAUCCUUGGAAGAGCUGAACCUGGCAUCGAACAGGCUGGCCGACCUGCCGGGGUGCAGCGGCUUUACGUCGCUGCAGUUCCUGAACGUGGAGAUGAAUUCGAUCCUCACCCCAUCUGCUGACUUCUUCCAGAGCUGCCCAAGGGUCAGGGCGCUGCAGGCCGGGCACAACCCGUUCAAGUGCUCCUGUGAGCUGCAGGCCUUUAUCCGCCUGGAGAGGCGGUCGGGGGGAAAGCUGUUUGGCUGGCCGGCGGCGUACGUGUGCGAGUACCCGGAAGGCUUGCGAGGAACGGAGCUCAAGGACUUCCACCUGAGCCUGCUGGCUUGCAACACGACGCUCCUGCUUGUGACGGCUCUGCUGCUGACGCUGCUGCUGGUGGCUGCGGUGGCCUUUGUGUGCAUCUACCUGGAUGUGCCGUGGUACGUGCGGAUGACGUGGCAGUGGACGCAGACGAAGCGCAGAGCUUGGCACAACCCCGCCGGAGAUGUGGGGGCCGUUCUGCAAUUCCACGCGUUCAUUUCCUACAGCGAGCGCGAUUCGCUGUGGGUGAAGAACGAGCUGAUCCCGAACCUGGAGAAGGGGGAGGGCUGCGUGCAACUGUGCCAGCACGAGAGGAACUUUAUCCCCGGCAAGAGCAUUGUGGAGAACAUCAUCAACUGCAUUGAGAAGAGCUACAAGUCGAUCUUUGUGCUGUCUCCCAACUUUGUGCAGAGUGAGUGGUGUCACUAUGAGCUCUACUUUGCCCAUCACAAGUUAUUCAGUGAGAAUUCCAACAGCUUAAUCCUGAUUUUACUGGAGCCAAUCCCUCCGUACCUUAUCCCUGCCAGGUAUCACAAGCUGAAAGCUCUCAUGGCAAAGCGCACCUACAUGGAGUGGCCGAAGGAGAGGAGCAAGCGCGCCCUAUUCUGGGCUAACCUCAGGGCAGCCAUUAACAUUAACCUGCCAAUGUGCAGUGAAGCAGAUGAGUAGGAGAGUCAUACACCUACGUGUAAUAUAGGUAUGUGAAUAACUGCUUGAAUUUUUGCAUUAAACUCUGUUAAUAGUUUUUUUUUUCUGUUUUCUUACAAUAUUCCCAGUUGCAAAAUAUGGCACAUAUAGAAAUUGCUGUUGCUUAUUCAAGCUAUCCAGGUAGUCACAAGUCAUCUGUAGUUGCCCAUCACCAACAAAGAGAAUGAGAGAGAAAUUUUCAUAAUGAUUGACCUAAUUUUUAGGUUGCAUUUAUUGUUUACUUUUCCUAUUGAAAGCUAUUUUUGAAAGUAAUAAGAAUAGUGGUUUGUUUGGUGUAAUCAGGCUGGCAAGGCAUACGUUUAAUCUUUGUUCUGAUGUGAAUGCUGUGAGGUUAAGAUUGUAAAGACCUGUUUUCUUGGUUUUAAUUAAAUAAUACAAAGAAGAAAACUCGUUUGAAUCCCAUCUGUACUCGUUGGUACAGUAGGUGUUAAGAGUACAGUAUCUACACCCUUUUAGCUAAUUUUCCCUUCCUGGAAAUAUUUCCCUUCAUCACAGAGACUCUUUCUUGAGUAUAUGCUGAAAAGUUGAAUAAUUAAUUCUUGUUUGAUGUUCUUCCUUUGCUGUGUUAAACAUUACCAGUUGCCUAGAGAUAGAUACCUGUCAAGUCAUGAGUUCAUAGAAUUUGCUAUUCACUGUCUUCCAAUGCAUAGUUAAUACCUGUAGUUAUUAUUUUUUAUAGUAUUGUAAUAGCGCUGCUUUCUGCUGUGAUUCUAUCAAGCUAUUCUGGAUUGCAUACUUUUUCUCUUUCCUAGUACUUAGAAACUUCAUGUUUGGAGGUGAACCCCUUUUAUCUCCAGGCUUCCACUGAACUCUCAAAUGUUACCUUGCUCAUUUAAUGAGCAGGUGCUGAGGGUCAUCACACAGGUGAAAAAAGAGUCAUUUUCCCUAGGAAAUAACUCCUCUGCUAAAAUCUUACUGAUUAAACUAAUGGUGUUUUUUAGUAGGAGACAUCUAGUAACUUGCUGUACCUGGAUUCAAGAGUC